GCCUUGGCAGAGACAGCCCAUUGGCUGUAAUUGGUGUCGUUUAACUUUGGGAACUUCACGAAAUCCAUGCUGGCAACUAAACAAACAAAUGCUCGGCCUUGACAGCCUUCCACAGCGCUCGCUAUCUGCUGAAUAUAAGAAAAUGGCUGGCAGCUCAGUUCCUUAACUCUUUGCCUUCCAGCCCUCAGACAGUUUUAGCUGCUCUUCUGGAUAACUGCUCACAGAACAGCUAUUCACUCAAAUGCACAGGCAGAUCCUGAGGCGCACUCUGGGCCCAUAACCCUUGGUAACAAGCCUUUUGAUGUUAUGCAGCGCGUGAGGCAACAUAUCAACGUUUCAUGCCAGAUUUUCCACCUUUGUGAUUGUAGUCAGAAGCUUGUGAGCUGGAGAAAUACCUCUCCCUUUUAUGAGCAAAGAGACACUGUAAUUUUCUCUCAGAUGAGAGAGGUGCAAAACGACAUGUUGCCUCACACGCUGCGUAACAUCAAAAGCUUUUUAACUGCUAUAUCUUUGAAUAGGAUUUAGGCCAUUGUGUUUUUAUGGGUGCCUAUUGAAUAGUUUUAUAAGGUGCCUCCCAUCUGAAACUGGGAGAAAACGGGCAGAAUUCAAAUUAAGUGGCAUCUUCUUGGCUGCUUUGUGAGCAGAAGGCUGGGAUAAGUACAGUAGUCCUUCUGCCUGAUCUAUCACAGCUUCUCUUACUUUCUCUUUCAGAAUCUGGUGACUCUUGAGAAGGUGAAUUUCAAGAAGAAGGAGAGAGGGAUCUGCCAGAACAAGAAUAAAAGGCCUAUGAGGCAUCAUGGAUGAGAACUCUGCAAUAGCAUCCUCUUUGGGAGCUAAUAUACAGGAAAUUGAGAAUGAAGAAAAGCCAGGACAAAUUUUAUUGAAAAAAGACUGCAGUGAAGAGGACACAAAGCAGAACACAAAACCAGAGGUGAAACAGAAGAGAAGGAACAAAACCAGUUCCCAAAAUGACUUCAAUGAAAUUCCAACCCAGGGAAAAAUAGACAAAGGAAAGGAAAGUACCCUCUGCCUCCUGUGUGGGAAAAACUUUCGUUGGAAAUCAAGCCUUGAUCUUCAUAUGAGAACUCACACAGGAGAGAAACCAUAUAAAUGCCUUGAGUGUGGAAGGAGCUUCAGUCUUAGCAAAAGCCUUGCUUCUCAUCAAAGAAUUCACACGGGGGAGAAGCCAUUUCAAUGUUUGGAGUGUGGAAGGAAUUUUCGUUGGGCUGAUUCCCUUGCAUUGCACCAAAAAAUUCACACAGGAGAGAAACCAUUUAAAUGUUUGGAGUGUGGAAAGAGCUUUAUCACUAGCAAAUACCUAACUUCUCAUCAAAUAAUUCACACAGGUGAGAAACCCUUUAAAUGCUUACAAUGCGAAAAGAGUUUUAAUAGGAGAGAGACCCUUAUUUCACAUCAAAUAAUUCACACAGGAGAAAAACCGUUCCAAUGCCUUGAAUGUGGAAAGAGGUUUAAUCGGAGGGAUGGCCUUAAUUCACACCAAACUAUCCACACAGGGGACAAACCAUAUAAAUGUUCAGAGUGCGAAAAGAGCUUCAGCAAGAGCACAGACCUAAUCUAUCACCAAAGAAUCCACACGGGAGAGAAACUUUACAAAUGCCUGGACUGUGGAAAGAGUUUCAGUCAGAUAUCAAUCCUCAGUACUCAUCAAAGAAUUCACACGGGCGAGAAACCAUAUAAGUGCUUAGAAUGUGGAAAGAACUUCAGGCAGAAAUCAAGCCUUGACCGACAUGAAAGAAUUCACACUGGAGAGAUGCCCUAUACAUGUCCAGAAUGUGGAAAGAAGUUCAGACAGAAAUCAAGCCUUAGUUCACAUCAAAGAACACACAGAGAAGAAAAGCCUUUCAGAUGCAUGCACUGUGAAAAGACUUUUAGAUGGAGAACAAACCUCAGUUCACAUCAAAGAAUUCAUACAGGAGAAAAACCAUAUCGGUGUCUGGAAUGUGGUAAAAGCUUCAGUGGAAGUACCCGCCUUAUUUCACAUCAAAGAACCCAUACAGUUUUAAAAGCAGUAACAAUUCUUGGACCGUAGCAAAUCAAACCUUAAAGAAUUCACAUAGUUAAGAAAGUAUAUUUCCCUUUGUAGUGUGGGGAAUAGCCAGUGUGGUUUAGUGAUCUGAGUGUUGGACUAGGACUCUGUAGAGACCAGGGUUCGAUUCCCCACUCACCCAUGAGUCACAUUUUCUGAGCCUCAGGGGAUGGCAAUAGCAAACCCUUUUGGAAGAAACUUUUCAAGAAAACCCCAUGAUAGGUUUGCCUUAGGGUCACCGUAAUUCAGAAAUGACUUGAAGGCACACAACAACAAUACAGGUAAAAAUCAGCCAAUUAUAGUCCAGAAUAAAAAGUUUAAUUGUGUUAGAUGUGGAAACCUCAGAGUUGAGUCCCAGUCCUUAAUUCUUUCAUGUUUAGGAUUCCCCUGUUGCAGCUAAAUUAGGUAUUCUCAAAUCCAGGAAACUUACGGUAUUUAUAAGAUUGUUGGAGGGAGCACCAGUACUCAUAGAUACCUAAGUCCUAAAAUUGAAUCAAAAAGCCCCCUUCAUAAGCUUAUUGUUAAGAUAUGUUAGAUAUAAGAUGAGUGGGCAUCAGAAUUAGCCUUUUUUGUGCUGGCUCUAUACUUAUAGAAUGCUCUAUUUUGGGAGGUACAUGUGAUUCCCUUGUAGCUGUUCUUAAUAGGGCCUUAAAACCUGUUUCUUGCUGAUUCUGCUUUUAAUUGACUGUAAACCCACCUAUUUGUUUCAAGUGCUUACUCUGUGAGCCCCUGGGGAGUUUGCCUCUAAAAGCAGUAUAGAAAUAUUUUAAAAUAAUAAAUCUGUAUACCAUAUACGUGUACCAUACCAUCACUAUUACAUAAAUGUGGGGGUUUCUGAACAUACAGCACCAGUAUGGCAGGGGUUGGAACCAAGCGUCCCUUCAGAUGUUGCUGGGCUACAGCUCUGUUUUCCACACCAUUCACUCUGCUUGCUGGGGAUGAUGGGCAUUGUAAUCUAGUCUAACAAUGUCUGGAGGGCUGCAUGAUUCCCAUCCUUGAUAUAUAGCUUGGAAUAGUUUGUUGUAAUUGAGAAACUCCAGCUGGUUUUUUUUAAGAUAGAGAAUAGAUGUUCACAAUUGUUAACAUUUGAAAUAGAAAUAAAAUAUAUAUGGCAGAAAUCCAUCCCUUUCUUAAUGACAAUACAGUUACUAAUUGUUUUAUGUGCCUAUUUCACUGUUCUAGGUAAUUUUCUU